ACACAGAGCGCGUGAAGAUGGAGCCCAGUGCAGCCGCCCGUUUCCACGACUCUGUGACACAGUUUAAAACCUACGAAGAUUACCUGGACUCCAAAGUGACGCCAACGGAUUUAUUUUACUUAAAAAGCAGGGAGUUGGCCCGUAAGCUGGUGGAGCACAGCCACAAGGGCACAGUCCUGAGCAGGGAGGAAUUUGAGGAGAAGAAAGCAGCUGCACAGGCUGCAGAGGCUGCAAAGAGCAACACUCUCUACAGCAGGAGCCGGCCAAUGACACUGGCAAGUGCAGGAAAAGAACUCAAAGAUAACUUCCUGAAAGCCCUGGCAGAGCGAGAGGAGGCCAACCGCAGUGGGAAAAUGACUUCGGUCAUUUUCAUAAGGGAUCAUAAUACUCUUGGACAGGAAGUAUCUGGCUAUAUAGACUACGCCCACAGACUCAAGACCCAAGAUUUUGAACCAUAUUUCAGCGGAAAGAAGAGACUCAUGCCAGGACGCUCGGAUUUAUGCUACUACAACUGGAAGACACAGGUGUCCACUUCCAACUCCAGCCCUAACUUCGAGGUGAUUUAUGACGACCCUAACGGCCUUCUCUUCAAGAACAAAAGGGACAAGAAGAUCCUUAAUGUGGACCCCUCGUCUGGUCCUGGUGAGGACUCCAUCAGGACAUUCCUACAGUCGGACCUCUACAUCCAUGUCGUCAUCUACGACCACAACAUCAGGACAGUCUGAGCUUCAGAGGCUGCUGCCGACACAUUCAUACAUAUGGCACAUAUUGGAGAGCACUGGAAGCCUCUAAUUUGACUGAGUUGCUGCAGUCAUUUACAAACUGUUGCCCUCAUAUCAUGCAUGCCAUCUGGGUGGAGGUGCCGCAGUGAACAAAAUGGCUUUAAACGGAGGAUUCCCAGAGGAAGAAGUGGACGGACUAGUGUGACAACUUCAGAUUUUGUGACCCUCCGACAAAGCUGUUGAAUAAUUUUACUGUGAAGUUUCUUGGCUUUGAAUUCUUUUCUCCCACUCAGUGAAGACCCAGUUUGGCUCAGUUUAUUUGGCAUUUCCCGGAGGAAUGGAACCUGCUCGGGGACCCCGGGCUCGUCCCGUCGUUUGGCCUGGCAUGUUUUGGGCUGUUUGUCUAAACAAAUUAAAGGCGUAAGAGCUUUGAAAGAUGAUGGGGGUUGCUUUUAUGUCCUCCCCCAGGCUGCGGUAGCUCCAAUUGGACUGGAAGAAUGGGUAAUGGGCUUAAAGCAUUCCGCAUGUUCCCAGAUGCAAGGCACACUUUACAGGACAUCAAAGUGCUCUGUCAUUUACAUAUUAGUCAUUCACUAUGGCAUUUUUUAAUGGAAGGCAACACUACAAAUAACCUGCUUUAGGAAUUAUUUAGGAAGCACAGAAGACUUUUAGAAACGUUUGUCCCUUUCAACUACAUUUUCUUUUUUUUGCAUUUGUUGUUUGAACACAUGGUAGGAAUCAGCCCCACCACAAGUAACAUUAUCUAUGUCUAUAAGCUAACAAAUUACAGGGUCUUUGUUAUUUGUUUAGAAAUUAGUUUGUAGACUCUGCAGACACAUAUGGGGGGGGACACUUUUUCCAUUUGGUCACAAAGAAACAUCCUGCACAUGUACAAGCUCUGUGGAGGCAUUCAUGUGAAGUCCCAACCAUAGAAUACUGUGUCCACUUUAUGCAUACAUGAACUUUUAACUCAGCAGUGAACAUUUUCCUCCAUUUCUUUAAUUGCUCCUAAAAUGCUGUCAAAUGAAAAUGUAAACUAAAGGAACAAAGUACAAAAAAAAUCAGGUUUCUUAUAAAGCUGUCACUCACAAAAAUAGCAUAAAGAGCAACCAAAAUACUAUUUUUUAAAAAGAAUAGUUUGACAUGUUUGGAGGGAAAUAUAUUUAUUUACUUUCUGAGAGUUAAGGCCCUUACACAUGGCGGGCUGGACAGAUACACAACACAAAAAUGCAAAAUACUCACCCGCAUAAUAACUGUGUAUUCCUGUGACCGUUGCAACAAGUCUGUCAUUAUUGUGACGUUAGGACGUGAUGUAGGUUCUGCACAACAUGAUUGGUUGAUGCCUUAACUCGAGGUCAGGAAAACCGACCUUGUUCCCCCAAAAGCAUUAUGUUGAUUUUUUUGCUGUGUUUCGCUGCGUACUUGUGUUCUGUGUCACAGUAUUCAUGAUAUCAAUCUCGAAUCAAAUGCACAAGGAAAAAAUAUAACCAGCAGUCAGCUUGGGGAGUAUCACCAUAUUACAGUACACCACAGUAAAAAAUAAAGACGCUCAUCUUUCUAUUAAGCCAUGUUAGCUUAGCUUAGCUUCAAGACUGGAAAUGGGGAAAUCCACCCAUGAGCACCUCCCAAGCUCAACGAUCGGCAUAUCAUAUUUGUUUAAUCCCAACCAGGUUUCACUGCGAAGUUGUUUAAAUGAUAAGCUGCCAGUUGCUGUUAUAGUUUAAUGGUGCCCAUUGGCAUCAGAGGGAAACACAGCGGGACAAGAACGAAAGUUAAGGCAGCAGAAGUCCGAGUGGUGCAGGAGGAAGGGAUGGUGGAUGGGUUCAGCAAACUUCGACUUUCACCCGAGAGAGCGGUGUUCGUGUCCCGUGAGAUUAUAAAGCCAAAACCUGUUCCUUCUUCCUGAACCGAACCACGUGCAUUUAUUUUGAAAGACACUGUAUGCAAACGUUAAAUUUCCUGUGAAAACAGAAGUGUAUUUUGACAGAAGACAAUGCAUGUAACAAGCAGAACUUGACACGGUGUCCCAGAACGUCAACAACCAACACACCCAGGGUACCUCGCACGUCGUAUCUGGACUUGUUAAGUCCAUGACCAAACGUCGAUAUGUGACGAGGUCGGAGUGAGAAUGUGUUGUUAAACCAUGAAAAAGACAAAAUUGUGUUUUUUCAGGGGGUUGUGCCGGACUAUUUCCUAUAUUGUUUCCUGUAUUGUUUUACCCAUGAACCUUUUCCCCUUGCGUGCUACCAUCAAGCUAAGCUAACUGUCUUCUGGCUGUAGCUUAAUAUCUAAUGCUUAGACAUGAAUUUUUUAAUUGUGUCAUCCAAGUCUCUGCCAGACAGUUUAUUUCCCAACAUGUUGAACUGUUUCUUUAAACCAACAUAGUGGCAGCCAUGCUUCCCACUGUACCAAUGUCCCCUGCAUCCAUUCAGUUAAAAUUUAUCUAUAAGAGUUACGGGGUUUAAACAAAUGAGUUCAUCCUUACACAAAGCUCUUAUAUCCCUCAACCAGAGCAGUGUUUCACCGGCUGCAUCUGUUUGUCUGUUUUGACUGAAUCGGACUCUUUUUGGCCUCAUUGGAACAAUAUGUGUGGUGACAUGGGGAUGUGGGUUCUGGUUCUGUAAAAGCAGGGGUUUGGGGAAUGGGGGUCUGGUUUGGGGUUUUCUUAGUCAGUGGUUUUUUUUAAAGUAGAUCUGAGUUCUGGCCUGUUUUCGGACGAUGAUGAACAGUUUGUGAAAGUCUUCAAAAGCUAUAAAAAUCAAUGUGAUUAACAGGCUGGACAGGAGGUGGCUUUUAAUUUAUUUCCUCCUUCUCCAACUUCCAAAUGUGUUUUUGUUGUUGUAUGUCUAUAAAUACAUUUUUAAAUGUCUAUUUUGGGCUGUUUUUGUCAAAGCAGCUCUGGAAAAAACAGGUUUGUGUUUGCUGUCGUCUCAACAACACCAACAGCACUAACAAGGAAAGGAAGCAAAUUCAAAUUUGGCUGAAGGGUUGUGUUGGGAAUGUCAUUUCCUCUUUGACCUCUGUCUAAAAGGCCAGAUUUAACCUCAGGGGGAGGGCUGUCCACCUGACUAUCUCACUAUCUCACUAUCUGCCCUGCUUUGUUUUUUAUCUGUGUGGAGGAAGAACUCAAACCAGCUGGGUGGCAAAUGAACAUCUCACCCUCAUCUACAGCUGUUUAGAUUUACAGACCACAGCUCAUUCAUGUGGCUCAGUGAUGGUGAUGAAACAUCCUGCUCUGCUCUCCCUCCCUGAAAGUGGCAUCAGUCGCUCUGAACACCUACCAAUCAAAACAGCAGAUGUGCACAUGAAAAAAUAGCCAAUUACGCUGCCGGUGGAUCGACAAACAAGCAAGUGCCGCUCAUGAAAUGCAACUUUUUAUGUGCCUCACCUCUGUGGAAGACCAAACCUCAAAAAAACAAGUUGCUGGAACUCACCCAGACAGAUGAUGUGUCUGUAAAUAGUAAUGAUUUCACAAUAAAG